AUGCACACCACUCACGCAACGAUAUCCGGCACCGAUGUUUAUGGUCCAGGUACUUUUAUCGACAAGAAAGUCCUUCCUGUUCCUGAAGAUGCCCGCCGGGUAUUCGAAUUCCUAGCUUCCAGCACACCCGGCUUCACACAGGACAAGGCAGCAUGGGAUACUGUGAAGUUCGAAGGACGGCCCGAGCCCAUGAUCCCAGGACCCAUCAAGUCCCCUGUAGUAGCCGCAGCACUGCAUGCUAUGGCGGGCCUGGUGGCAAAUGAGCUAUUGGAGCUUCGAGAUGGUACGAAAGUGGUUGACAACAAAGUGACGGUCGACACAGACCAUGCGGGAAUCUGGCUUGGAUCCGUAUUCACCACUUAUAUCAACGGCUCAGAUACUUCCGCGCUGGCACGCUCUGGAAAAUUGAACUCUCUGUUUUCUACAGAUAUGGAGAAGGGAUUCGGCAAAGGAAUUGCGGGCCGCACCACAGCGAUCUAUAAAACCAAAGACCCGAAAGUCUGGUAUCAGCUGCACGGCUCUCUUGACGCUAAGAAGACCCUCGAGACCAUGGGAAUUGAUCCCAAUGUUUCCUUCGACACCGCACAGGGCUACUAUGAUUACAUUCAGAGUCAUGUAAUCCAGUGGAGCCCCGAUGAGCUGGAAAUGCAUAACGUGCGUCAUGGUCUGUGCGGCAGCAUUUGCUAUUCACCGGCCGGGUGGAGAAAGACUGGAUUUGGGAAACGGUUGGCGGAACAUCCAUUGGUGAACGUCACCGAGCAAACCUAUGCGAAGCCUACUCCUCAAGUUCCGCUGUCUAAAGGCCUAUCUGAUCGCCGGCCACUUGCCGGAAUCAAGGUGUUGGAAAUGGUGCGAAUCAUUGCUGGUCCACAACUAGGCGUUACUUUGGCUUCAUACGGAGCCGAUGUUAUUCGGGUUAACUGCAGUCGACUGGCUGAUCUGAAUGUAUUGCAACUUACACUAAAUGCCGGAAAGCGCACCAUUGAUCUCGAUAUCACAAAGCCUGAGGAUAUGACACGUCUACAGGAACUGGUCGCAGAUACCGACAUCUUUGUCCAAGGAUUCCGCUGGGGCUCACUCGGUCGAAGGGGUCUGGGACUCCAUGACCUUUUGAAGGUGGCAGCUGAUAGAAACAAGGGAAUCAUUUAUGUUGAUGAGAAUUGCUACGGACCGGAUGGCCCCUUCGCUGAGCGUCCUGGCUGGCAGCAAAUUGGAGAUGCUGCAUCAGGAAGCUCAUAUGUCAUGGGCCGAUCUCAAGGCCUUGAAGAGGGAAAGAGUGUUCUGCCACCUCUUCCUGUGUCGGAUAUGCUCACUGGUAUUAUCGGCGCGCUGGGAGCAAUGAUUGCAGUCCGAGACCGUGCGGUAAAAGGUGGCUCGUACCAUAUAACAACAUCACUUGUAGCUGCGGAUACCAUCUCGCUUGAGAAGGAGGUCGGGUUGUACCCGCCUGAAGUCGUCCAGGAUACAACUGAAAAUUUCGGCUUUCCUGCAAUUACACCAGACCAGUUUGUUUCGGAGGUCCUAAUCGGGGUGAUCGAUGGUUGGAAGAGGGGACUUCCAGGGUAUCUGGAUGAGAACUCGAACCUUAUGCAGACAUUUGAAGAUGGUUAUUGGGGACACCAGACCAUUCUGAAACCUGUCGCGAGGCUUGGAAUUGAUGAAACGACACCGCGAUGGACUUCGGCACCGGUACCCAACUGUCAUCAUGAACGGGGAAUCGAUUGGGCUUGA